AUGGACAACGUCAAAGAUCUGCUAGCCAAAUAUGGCUCUAUGAUCUACACGCAUCGAGAGAUGAUUAAAUUAGAAAUUCAUGUUAUCCUCGCUGCUCUCUUCCCCAUCUACAUCGGAUCACAUGCAUCACUUCAACGCCCUCCUUCCGCCUCACCACCUCGCAAAUCCUCUUCUUCUAAUCGUCUCCUAACUUCAGAUGAAGAAGAUGAAGAAGAAUCCAGAGCUCAAAUGGAGGGUAUGACGCCUUCUGAUGCUAUCAUCUUUCCACUUCUAGCUGCUGUGGCGUUGGGAAGUCUCUAUUUUAUUAUUAAAUGGUUGGACGAUCCCGCUAUUCUCAAUAAGAUAUUGGGAUGUUAUUUUUCUGCUCUGGGAAUUUUUGGCGUCGGGAGAUUGGCAAAGGAUUCAUUGGAUGUGGGAGUGGGAUUUAUAUUUCCAAACGUGUGGACGAGGGGAAAUAAUGUUUUCCAUAUUGAUCAGAAAUCGAGACGUCAAGUUUCUGAGGAUGGACAAGGGAAGUUGGUUAGUGUUGGAAUUGUGAGUCCUCUUCCUGGACGACUUUCAAAGAUCAAUCUACCAAAAGGAGUUACGAAUGCGUUGUGGGAUGUUCGUGGUCUUCUGAGGACAAAUUAUACGCUUCAUCUCCACAUUAAGACUAUACUUCCUCAUCAAAAGUCUCCGAUCAAAUUCACAUCGCUCCUCGGUCUCUUGAUAGGUAUCGCCACAAUCACAGCUUAUAAUCUGAUGAAUGCACCAUGGUACCUUACAAAUCUAAUGGGAUUCGGCUUUUGCUAUGGAUCUCUUCAACUCAUGUCCUUGACUACAUUUUUCACCGGCUCAUUAGUUCUCUUCGGACUCUUCUUUUACGAUAUCAUUAUGGUAUUUUAUACUCCUUUAAUGGUCACCGUGGCUACAACUCUGGAUGUUCCAAUCAAGCUUGUGUUUCCAGCGGGUGAAAGUGGAAGAGGUAGUAUGUUGGGAUUGGGAGACAUUGUUCUACCAGGAAUCUUGGUUGCGCUGGCUUUAAGAUUCGAUUUGUAUCUGCAUUAUUUGUAUUUACAGAAACCAAACUCUUCUACCGUUUCUCCUGCCACAACCUCAAAGAAAGCACUCACAAAAGUCUCAACAACCCCCAUUCCCUCAUCCCAAAAGCCAGCCUACAGACCAGCAACCGGUCUCUGGGGUGAACGUUUCUGGACUGCUUCCUUCUCGCCUCUCUCUUCUUCCUCCCUCAAAACAGGCGUUGAAGGAACUCGUUUCCCAAAACCUUAUUUCAAAGCCGCUCUCGCGGGGUACAUCAUUGGGAUGCUCGUAACAUUAUUUGUUAUGAAUGUGUGGAAGCACGCACAACCAGCUCUCUUGUAUCUGGUUCCUGGUGUCGUAUUUAGUUUGUGGGGAACGGCGGCUGUGAGAGGAGAAUUAAGAGUUAUGUGGGAGUUUACUGAGGAUGGGAGCUUAGAGGACGAGGGGAAGAAAGAUGAGGAGGAGAAGAAAAUUGAAGGAGAAAAGAAGAAAGUAGACGAGAAGAAGGACGAUGAAAAAGUGAAGGAAAAGCAAAUCUCAAAUGGAGAAGUAACAAAGAAGGAGCAAAAACACGAAGAAAUCAAAACGAAACUCGCAGAAGCGAUUGGUACGCUAAUGGACGAUUCAGAUGCGAGCUCGGUGCUAUCUGAUGGAUCGAUUUCCUGGCCUGAAGAUAAUGGAAAUGCAAAUGCGAGUGAAGCAGAUGAUGAAUUGGUUUAUAAUAGGUCAGAAAAGGAAAAGCAUGAGAGGAUUGAGAAAACGGCGAGGAAGAGUUUGAGGGAGAAGGAGAAGAAGAGGGAGAAGGAAAUGGAAGAUCAGAUCUUCCUCUUUUCUAUUACGGGACCGGGAUCAAGGGGGGCGGAGAGGAAAGGAGAGAAAACGGGGAUGGAUGGAGAGGGGGAGGAGAAGAAGAAAGAUAGAUGA